GCCAAUCAGAGUGCAGGGACCUUGUGCAUACUGAUUGCAAACACGGAAAUAGAGUGAAAGGUAGUAGAUUUAGCUGUAAUUCACCCAAGUUUGAGUUGUCGCGGUUAAACGCAGUAAAACUUUUUAAUUAACGCCGGGAGGGUGUUAGUUAGACUUUUUUUCCACUGUCCUAUGGAGUAUUUAGAGCUUCUGUCAUGGACCUGCAUCGUCUUCACAGUCGGGAUGUUCUCGACUGGACUACCCGACCUGAAGAGGAUGAUACACACCAAAAGUACAGAAAACAUCCAGUUUCUUCCAUACCUCGCCACAUGCCUGAAUAACUUUGGAUGGUUUUAUUAUGGGAUGCUGAAGCUGGACCACACCAUCAUCCUGGUGAAUGUUAUUGGAGCUGUCCUGCAGUGCCUCUACAUCAUCACCUUCACCUUCUUCACAAAGCAAAAGAAACUGGUGCUGAUCCAGACACUGACAGCAGCUGCGAUGCUGCUCUUUGGCUGGUUUUACUUCUCCAGAGUUCUCAUAGAUGACUUAGACCGCAUCAAUCAAAUGGGCCUCACCUGCUUCGUCAUCACCAUCUGCAUGUACAUGUCCCCACUGGCCGACCUGAUGACUGUGAUUCGUACCGGGAACAUCCAGUGCUUGUCCUUCUCCCUGACCGUGGCCACCUUCUUCACGUCGACCUCCUGGGUGCUCUACGGCCUGCAGCUUCACGACAACUUCAUUGUGGGUCCAAACUCCCCGGGGAUCAUUACCAGCCUCAUCAGGUUUUAUCUGUUUUGGAAAUUCGCUUCGGCCAAUCAAAGCUCACCUUCCUAUAAGUUGGUGCCGAUUUGAGGACCGUGAAAACGGAUGACAGGGUUUUUUUUUGUUUUUUUUUAUGAGGUUCUAUUGAGACUCUGAGUAAAACCUGAAGGGAAACAGUUUGGUAUCGUGAUGAAGUGGGGAGAAUCUCUGGUCUGGUGCGGGUUUUUUGUGGACUUUUUUUGGGGUUGUUUGAACAAUAAUGUGUUUU